AUGUCUGGACCGCUGUGCAAGAAUCUCGUCUUGGAUGCAGGCCCACUCCUCUCUCUAUCGCCUUUAAGAGGUCUCGCGGAAACGUAUUACACGGUCCCUCAAGUUCUGGCUGAGCUGAAGGACAAAAAUGCUCGAGAGCAUUUCGAGCGUCUCGGAUUGACUGCUGGAGUCAAAGUUGAAGUUGCAGCACCCGAUGCAGCCAGCCUGGCUAAUGUGAUCCAGUGGGCUAAAAAGACUGGAGAUUAUGCAAUCAACGAUGCGCAAUCGACCAAGCCUAUCCCCUCACCGGAAUCAUCGGUAGCGCAUCCCAUAGAAAAAGACGAAGCUGUGGAAAUCGUGUCAGAGACUGAAGAUGGACCUCCAGAUUCCGAAUCAGACGAGGAAGCGACAUCCGAGGAUGAAGAUCUCGAGCCGUUGGAUGUCGAGCUGCAUCCACUAGACGACGGGGAUGACAAAGAAACUUCAGCUUCGCCUACACCCAGACCAUCCGCAUCUGAUGAGCCGAUCUUCGAAGAUCCAUCUGACGAGGACGACGGAGAAGGUGAAUGGAUCACCCCUGGCAAUGUUGCUCUGCAUAAGUCCCGUGCUAUGGGCAUCCUGCCCGAUGACGAUGCAGACAGCAAGCGGAAGGGCAAGGGAAAAAUGAUAGAGCGUAUCAGCGUCGGGUGCAUGACUGCCGACUUCGCGAUGCAGAACGUCCUUCUGCAGAUGGGGCUGAAUCUGGUUGGCACGGAGGGUAAGCGGAUACACAAAGUGAAGAGCUGGGUUCUUCGAUGUCACGCUUGCUUCAAAAUAUGCAAGGAUAACACCAAAAAGUUUUGUCCGUCAUGCGGCAACCCAACCCUCCUCCGUGCUUCUGUAACAAUCUCAAGCCCGGAUGCACCAACCGAUGCCCCGGUCAUGCAGGUGCAUCUCAAAUCGAACUUCCAGUAUCGCAUACGCGGCACGAAAUAUUCCAUUCCAGCCCCGAAACCGGGUUCCGCAAAAACCGGCACCGGAGAGGGACUGAUUCUGCGUGAGGACCAGACAGAAUGGAUCAGGGCGAAGAAGAUGGCCGACGGUCGUCGGGAGAGGGAAGAGACCAAAAUGAACAGGAGUCUCAUGUCGCAGAAGGGCAACGGAAUUGGCAGCUGGCUGGAUCCCGACUGGGUGCCGGAAAUGCUGUCUGUCGGCGCAGGCGGCAAAGGCCGUACUAACCGUCAUGCUGGGGACAUGCCCACGAUAGGUCAUGGGAGAAAGAAUCCGAACGAGAGGAGGAAGCGCAAAUGA